CGGGGCGGGGGGCGGAAGAGCCCCUCCCCUGCCUGCUGUCGCCACUCGAUGACGCCAUCGGUCGGAGCCCGGUUACCAGGCAGCGCCCGCGCCGUUUCGGGUGGAGAUGGCGCCGGAGCAGCAACGGCUGGUGAAGGGGGUGGCGAGGCUGCAGGCCUGUGUCAGGGGUUAUCUUGUGAGGAAGAGGUUCCAAAGCUUACAGGAGGACUAUGAGAACACGGUAAAGGAGAUUGAAGGGGAUUUGGGUCCGUUGCAGUGGAAAGGACGCUUCAUACCAACGCCUGUCUUUCCUCAAAAGCAGAUGAAAGUAAAGCGAUUAAUUGAUCAAGAGUCUGGAUCCAAAGACCAUAACAACACAGCUAAAGGGCAGCAAAAGCAUUGUCCUCUUGAGACACUAGAACCAGAAAAGGAUUGUGACUCUAGGAGUUACAUGAAACCUACAGCUCAGCUUCAAGAUGAGGUGAUGGUCUCAAGGGGUGAAAGCAAGAGAGUGAAGCAAAAUUUAGAGUGUGAUGCAGAUAAAUCCACUGGACAGGACUGCAGCUUAUCAGGAGAGAAUACGGAAUGGAAGAACAAUAGCAAUGCAUCAUCUGUAUGGAGCAACACUGUUCCGGAGAUAGGGUCUACUGUAGCCAGCCAAGAGCUUCCAUUCAAGAGCAUAAAACAGGAGCUGCCUCAAACUCUUCCCGACCUCCAGUGCUAUCGAAAUCACUUGGCCAUGGAGCUGCUGUGGCUGCAACAAGCUAUUGUGAGCCGUAAGAAUUAUUUGAUCCUGAAGCAAAGGCUGGGGACUCCUGAGCGAUAGGAAACUGUUUCAGGGGGAUGCAGCGUAUGCUCACCUUGUUGUGGAGGAGCAGCGUUCUCUGGGACUAGCUGGACUGUGUCCCAUCCACUGCAGGAGAGGAAUCGUCACGUGAGCAGCAUGAAAUGCCACUGCCUGGGAAAGCACUAGCUCCACUGUGGCAUAGACGUUCCUCAUGGUUAACUUGUGACUUCCACUGGGACUUUAUUUGUCACAUUCGUCAGAAUAAGAGUUAGUUACAGUGAAGAGGUUUAUUUUUAAACUUGAAAACUCUUGGUGAAGUCACAUGUUCAAUAUCUGCCCCAUGCUAAGGAGGACAUUAUAUGUACUGAAGGGGUUAUUACCCAGCCCUCACCCAGAAGAACCUCAUUUCUGCUGACUGAGCUUGAGAGGGAAAUCGCAGCCAGACUGAUUUUUUUGUUUUAUGUACUUUUCUUUAAAAGAUUAGUUGAUAAUUUGUGGUUGAACUGAGCGGCAGGGAAGCAGCCUGGUGCUUUGAACACCAGGAAUGGGCUCCCCUCCACGGAGCAGGAAUGGCUUUUUUUGUUGUCAGCUUGCUGAGCCGUGUAUUUGGAAAGAGUCUGUCUCCCACAUACCAUGACUCUGUUCCCAAGACUUGGAGAUCCCAAAAUACUCCAUGGCCAAGCCCUGCAGACUUCACUCCGGCAGAACGCCGGCUGAGUGAGAACCACGAGGUUUGGCCCAGUGUGUACGGAGUGUAUUAUAUAACCAGAUGCUUUUCCUAGUGGGCUUUGUUGACUGUUUUGUUCUAAUGGGCAACCCAUGAACAUCAGAAAAGGGGAUUUUUCCCCAAGGCACGGUUGAUCCCUAUCACACACCCGUAACACUUUGUGAGUGCAGAUGCUCUGGGUUCUGUCUCUUUCCAUGUGCCAUCAUACACAUAUUUAAUGUACAGCCUGGAACCAUUCCAAUGAAAGCCUGUGUCAGUUCCUGAACAUACUCAUUUGUUCCUCAUUUUUGUUUCUGAAUAAAGUAUUGUCUCUGCCAUUGGCUGGGCCAUGUCUUGAUCCUGCCACUUAGCACAGACGCUAUCCAGUGAAAAGUAAAGCAAGCCUAACCUCAGUUGUAGUGUCAGAUGCUAGGGAUGGGCAGAGGCCAUUGUUUCAGGUGACAGAGUAUACGUUGAAGGAAAGCUCUCCAGGUGUAACUAGUUCACAAUGUAAAUAAAGCUCUUGGGU